CAUAAAUGGUAGAUAAGCAUGUUUGCUUCAGAAAAUUUAUCAUGCAUUCUUAUUCUUUGAAUGUGUGCAAGUUUUCUGCCAAUUCAUCAAGAGUUAUUUUCAUUGUUUAUACGAUAUUGAUGGAUAGACCUGAGGAUUUCUUACACUGCUGUUGUACUUAAUUGAUGGAUAGGAUUACACAUCUACAUUUUUUCUUCCUCCUGACUUUAAAAUGCUUGGUAUCUUGUACUUCAAUUCAGUUUUACCUAUUAGUUCUGCGGCUCGCCGAUAAGGUUUGAUAGAUACAUUUAUCUGUCCUCAGCAAAGGGGACAUGUCAUAAUAGAGAUGUAAAUUGUGGUGGUUGUCUUGUUUGAUUUGAGAUUUGCAUAAUUUUGUCUGCAGUUGAGUUAUUACAUUAAAUUACUUAGUUCUGGAGUACUAGAUGAUGAAAAGUUAGGAAUUGGAAGGAAAUGUUGGUCAGAAGCUUCUGAAAGUCGAUUAAUAGAGAGUGAAGCUGAGGAACUGGAAGAGAUAAGUGGAAAAUAUCCAACAGAGUUUUGAACUUGUUGAAGAUGAGCAUAAAUGGAAGACACAAAUGAUGCAAUAGGUUUUACUGCUUGUUCAUGAAUUCGUGUGAACAAUGGAUGUUUUCCACUUUGGUGAGAGUUUCCAGCUGGCUUGAGAUUAUGCUAGAGAAACAGAUCCUGAGAUGCAGGGCUCUUGUAAGUUCUCUGUUCCGUUUUCCCCUUAUCGUAUGCUUGCAAAAAUGUGUUUCAAUUUCUUGGAUAUGUGAUUGUGUUGCAUAAUAUUAAAAUAAACUAUUAAUUGAGCAAACAAGGUCAGGAUCCCAACCAGUUAAAGGCUUUUAAAGCAGCGCCACCUUUUCUACAACGGGCUGUUGCUCUGCUCUACUCUACUGGCCUUUAAUAUCAUCAUCUUAGCAAUUGUCAAUUAAUCUGAUAAUUAGGAACUCUCAUCCUCAAAUUUAUCCCUUUUUUAAUGUUUAAAAAGUGUGCUAAUUUAUUUUGGUUAAAUAUAAACAUUAAAUUAUAUUUUAGGAGUAGAAUGUAUGCUUACUUUAUAGAUUGGCCCCUUCCAGAUAACAAAAAGAACGGUUCUUUUUGUCGUUAGCAUGCUGAUUUAUUAAUUGGAAUUAAAAUAAUGCGACAAUGCUGAUCAAUAAACAUUCAUCUACGCUAAAGGGUCCGAGAAAAAGUUCAAAAGAUGAAGCAAUUUAAGUGCUUCCAGUGAGACGGCCUGCCCUUCUAACUCUACCAUGCAUAUUUCGAAGAAUGAUGGGUUUGAUUAAUUCCACAAUUUUGUCACAAAAUAAAUGUCGUUUUCGUAUGUAUAGAAAAUGGGUUUGAUUAAUUCCAUCCUAUUUAAGCAAAGACUGGAAAAUGUUAGUGAUCAGUUGAAGUUAUGGCAACCGAAGGCAAUCUCUUCCUCUCCUUCUCCUUGGUGUUAGCCAUCCUAGUUUUUCACGGCACAUUCAAUACAAGUAUAGCUUUUAGUUCUACGUAUAGCACUUCCUCCUUCAACCGGACUAAUUUUCCGGCAGGUUUCCUUUUUGGGACUGCUUCAUCAGCUUACCAGUAUGAAGGUGCUGCAAGAGAAGGAGGCAAAGGACCAAGCAUAUGGGAUACGUUUACUCAUAGAUAUCCAGAUAAGAUCAAGGACAGAAGCAAUGGAGACGUGGCUGUUGAUUCAUAUCACCGCUACAAGGAAGAUGUUCAGAUAAUGAAAGAAAUGGGUUUGAAUGCGUACAGAUUCUCAAUCUCAUGGCCCCGAAUAUUGCCAAAUGGGAAGCUAUGUGGGGGUGUGAAAAUGGAAGGAGUGAAAUACUAUAACAACCUCAUCAAUGAGCUUCUAGCAAAUGAUAUAGAGCCCUUCGUUACUUUGUUCCAUUGGGAUCUUCCUCAAGCCUUGGAAAAUGAGUAUUGUGGGUUUCUGAGCCCUCGAAUUGUAGAUGAUUUUCAAGAUUUUGCUGAGACUUGUUUUAAGGAAUUUGGAGAUCGAGUAAAACAUUGGAUAACGUUGAAUGAGCCGAUGGUCUUCAGCGCAGUUGGUUAUGCAUUGGGCCUCCUGGCUCCUGGGAGAUGUUCACAAAACAUAAAUUGCAUACCUGGAGAUUCAGCAACUGAGCCUUAUUUGGUGUCCCAUUACCAGCUUCUUGCUCAUGCUGCGGCUGUAAACUUGUACAAACGCAAAUAUCAGGCAACCCAGAAAGGCAUUAUAGGGAUUACUUUAGUGACUUCUUGGAUGGUUCCCUACUCCAAUGCAAGGCAUAACAAAAAUGCAGCACAGAGAGCCCUGGAUUUCUGGUUGGGUUGGUUUAUGGACCCAUUGACAAAUGGUGACUACCCACAUGUCAUGAAAUCUUAUGUGGGAAAUCGAUUGCCCAAAUUCUCAAACGAGCAAGCCCAAAUGGUAAAAGGGUCGUUUGAUUUUAUCGGAUUAAACUACUAUUCUGCUAGUUAUGCAGCCUAUGCCCCUCAAUUUAGGAAUGCAAACAAAAGUUUCCUAACCGACCCUCUCGUUAACAUGACAAGUGAUCGCAAUGGAAUCCCAAUUGGCCCAAAGGGAGCUUCAGGUUUCAUCAAUGUUUAUCCGAGAGGGAUUCGCGACCUUUUGCUCUACAUAAAGAGAAAAUACAAUAAUCCACUCAUUUACAUUACAGAAAAUGGAAUCGACGAGUUUAAUAAUGCGACGCUGUCUUUAAAGGAAGCCUUGAUUGAUAAAGUGAGAGUUGAUUACUACAAUAACCAUCUAAAUUUCCUUGCAAGAGCAAUUAAAGAGGGGGCUAAUGUGAAGGGAUACUUUGCCUGGUCAUUAUUGGACAAUUUUGAAUGGACCUCAGGUUUCACUGUGCGAUUUGGCAUCAACUUUGUAGACUAUAAAAAUGGAUUAAAGCGUUAUCCAAAACUCUCUGCUCGCUGGUUCAAAUCAUUUCUCACUCCAACAAAUCAAGAACAGGGUGUAUAGCCCUUGCCCCCUGGCCCGAAGGUUUUUAGCUUCAAGUGUUAUUCAAGAGGGCAGUUAACUUUCUGUGCAUUAUAUGCUGUGUGAAUUUUCUGUUAUCUUGCUUUAGAAAAUAGUCUCAAAAUCUGAUAAGAAAUAAUGACAACUUCAUUUCUAUUCCUAAAAUUCUUUUUUUUAUUCCUUCCAUC